CGGACACACUGUUACAGUGUAGCAAUGGUGCCCUGGAGAUAAGAGCAUGUGUGUGCUGUUACAAUUUGAACAGAUAAGCUGUCAGAUCUCGUUUUUUGUUGUGGACCGUUUUUGAUCCGUCACGUUCUUCAUGCGGCUGUCAUGAGAUUUGUUUAUUAUGAUGAUUUCCCACCGCUGUGAAGCAGCUUGUGGAUGAUGAUCUCUGGAAGGACGUUAUUUGUUAGUUAGCUAAGUGCUGAGUAUUAAACCCAGUUAUUAUAGAUAUAAAAGGUAGAACCUGGUACUUGCUGGUAUUUGAUUUUCGGAUUGACCCGAAUGUAAGUGGAUUUGUUUUUGUUAGGUUAGGAUCAUGGUAGAGCUGGCAUGCCUCACUUUUUAUUGGCCUCUCAUCCGAUUCUUGGUUCCUCUGGCUAUUACCAACAUAGCCAUCGAUUUUGGGGAACAGGCUCUGAACAGAGGUAUAGCUUCAGUAAAAGAGGACCGUGUGGAGAUGCUAGCCAGCUAUGGUUUGGCCUACUCACUUAUGAAGUUCUUCACUGGGCCCAUGAGUGACUUUAAGAGUGUUGGGCUGGUGCUGGUCCACAGCAAGAAGGACAGAAGAAAAGCAAUGCUAUGUAUGGUUGUGGCUGGUGUUAUAGCCAUGAUUCUUCAUAUUCUCAUAGCUUACACAGAUCUAGGAUAUUACAUCAUCAACAAACUCCACCAUGUGGACGAAUCUGUUGGCAACAAGACGCGAAAGGCAUUUCUUUACCUUGCAGUGUUCCCUUUGCUGGAUGCCAUGGCAUGGAUUCAUGCUGGCAUUCUUCUAAAGCAUAAAUACAGCCUUGUGGUGGGUUCUGCUUCCAUCUCUGAUGUUGUAACACAGAUCAUGUUUGUGGCAAUCCUGCUCCAUAGCAACCUGGAGUGUGUUGAACCAUUGCUCAUUCCAAUCCUGUCUUUGUACAUGGGUGCACUGGUGCGCUUUAGCAUUGUGGGACUGGGCUACUACUGCAACAUUCAUGACAACUUUCCUGACUCCAACAGCCAGGACAUGGGGGGAGAUACCACCUUCAGGAAGAUGUUGAGCUUCUGGUGGCCAUUGGCCCUCAUAUUGGCAACCCAGAGGAUUAGCAGGCCUAUUGUUAACCUUUUUGUGUCACGAGAUCUCGGAGGCAGCACUGCUUCCACAGAGGCUGUAGCAGUGCUCACAGCCGCCUACCCGGUGGGACACAUGCCCUAUGGUUGGCUAACUGAACUACGGGCUGUCUAUCCAGCCUUUGACAAGAAUAACUCGACCAACAAGUUUGGUGCUGAAGUGACAAAAUCCCAUAUCAAGAGGUUCACUUUAGUCUGCUUUACCUUCUCUGUAACGUUAUGCUUCAUGGUGUUCUGGACCCCUGGUGUGUCGGAGCUGAUCCUGGUGAACGUAAUUGGGGUGGAUGCAAAUUUUGCUCAGCUCUGCAUAGUUCCUCUUCGGAUAUUCUCCUUCUUCCCUUUUCCAGUGACCAUUCGAGCUCAUCUGACAGGCUGGUUGAUGACUCUGAAGAAGACGUUUGUGCUGGCCCCUAGCUCUGUGCUGAGGAUAGUUGUGCUCAUCACUAGUCUCAUAGUGCUUCCCUAUAUGGGGGUGCAUGGUGCCUCAUUAGGAGUGGGCUCACUACUGGCUGGCUUCCUCGGAGAAGCCAUGAUGGUGGCAGCGGGUGCAUGCUUUGUGUAUCGACAACAGAGAAAGAAUUUGGGCACAGAACAACCCAUACAGGGGGACAACUCUGCCCCAAUGAAUGAUUUCUCAUCUGCAACUGAGUUAGAGGACAUCCAAGAAGGACGGGAAGAGGGACAGGAGGUGUGAACUGGGUGAAAUGAAUGAAAAGCGAAACUUGAGGUGAAGCAAUGAUCCAAAGGAAAAACAGGGACUUUUGUUUAUUACUUAAAGGAAAAACUAACAAUGCAAACCCUUACUCCUGAAACCAAAUAACAGGGCUGCAACCUGUGAGUGAGGUUUUUCCUACUCAGGACAAGCCUGAACUGAUGUAUCUUUUACAGCACUUUCUGCAACUGACCAACCUUUUUGCACUGAAAGUCUUUCUGAGACUUCCUGCCCAUUUUAGCCAAUAACUAAAUGUUUGCUAAUACAGGAGUGGCCAGAAGAUGUUUUUGUUGUGUGCGUCACACCAACUUGUCAAACAUCACCCAAGUGCAUCUAAAUGCACAGAGAUACAGUCUGGCACGUAAACAGAUUUACUUAACUUUGACACAGUGAAUCAUGUCUUUUACAGUAUAGGCAUCAAAAUGCACAAUAUGUUAUUGCACAAUGUCUAUUAACGCACAAGAAACUGUUGAUGUAUUACAGUGAUAUCUAAAUUUUACAAAAUUUUUAAUUAUUCAGGGAAAUACACAAGGGAGAUUUUUUUUUUUAAUAUAAAUGAUAAACCUGUCCUAUCUAGUGUUCUGUCAUUAAAGGGAGGUUGCUUUUGAUUUGAUUUUAUAUAUAAUAUAUAUAUAUAUAUAUUUUUUUUAAAUGGCCAAAAACCUUCUGUGGUAAAGCUUUCUAACAUCGGCUUAGACAAAAAUCAAUGCAGGACCAUGGAAAUUACGAUUUUAAUCACUAAAAAUGUUUCUUUUUUUAUCUGAAACCUAUUUUAUUAAAGUUUUAAUUGUGUUUGAGUCUUUGUAAUAUGGAAAUGAUGCUUUUUAUGAAUUCUAGAAAUACCCAUAAAGCUCCAGUCAAGUAUUUCCAUUCCUUUGUGUCCUAAAAACCUCAUAAAACAGUACAAGGUACAAUGCACACGUACAUUUGGGAAGUGUAAACUUUUUAUUUCAGAUGUUAAAUGAAUAGAAGUAUUAUACUUUCAAGUCAUCAUGGAAUUUUCGUAAUGUUUUUAGUUGAGCAUUAUGAUUCAUUAUUACUGUUUUUUAAAAUACUUGCAAAGCAUUAUCAAAAAUGUUUCAGCCUAACUAUUAUGAAGAGUUAUUGGAUUAAGAAAUUUCAUCUGCCAACCAGUCUCAGCUCCUGGUAUGAUGGCGAAAUCUCAGACGUGAAGAUAUGUCAUGCAUUCAGAAUUUUGUUUAAUUCCAUUUAGUGUCAGGCAUAACUAUAGCUCAUGGCAACCUUUUAUACUUUUUUUUUUUUUUACAUUCAAAAUAUCCUUGGUUCAUUUGUUAUUCGAUCAACUUCAAGAAAUAACAUGGUAAAUUAAUUCCAAAUAUCUUAAAGGUGCCAUACAAUACUGAAAAGCAUUCAGUAUUUUAAAUGGCUCUCUGAUGUUGAAAUAGAAGGUACAUGACUUUGGUCAGGGUGAAAAAUGCCCAGAUGUGGUUUUACAUGCAUGUUUUACAAUGAACAAAGCUAUAUUCCCUAUUUUGGUGGACUUGUUAAUGUUGAUGAGCUCUGCUCUGAUUGGCUGGUUUGCAGCUGGUGUGUGUGUCAAUUGCUGGGUUUCACAUGUCGUCACAUCCACCUCAUUAGUUAUUCAAAACUUUAGCUGGUGUUCUACCAAAGCUCAGUUGACGAAGCGUUUGUACGGAGAAGGUGCAUUGCUCGCAUGAAAAAUGCCUUACGCUUGCGUUGUUUUAGGUUGUUCGAAUCAAUCAACCGUGAAACUGAUAAGUUUCUUCAGGGUUCCCCGUGAACUAAUAAAAAAGGGUGAACGAACACAGGAUUUCACAAAAAGACGUUGAGAAAGGUGGCUUUUGAACGUCUCACUGAAAUCGAAGGGAGCCGAGUUGAAGCACGCUCGAGUUUGCAGUGAUCACUUGGUGAAAGGUUUGUAUUUCCCUCUCAGCUGUCCUUAGUGUUUUCCAAGUACUUUUCUUGCUAUGUGUCAUUAUUUUAUGGUACUUUUUUUAGUCAUGAAGCGCUAAAGUCCCCAGCUGUUUCUUUGUUUACUCCUCACAAAGUCUGUAUGCAUGAAGGUGGCAACAAAAUUCUUACCCAGCUAUACAGUUACAAUGCGCCGUGAUCACUUCUCUGUCUUGUUUAACUAAGAUCCAGGUCUUUAAAGGGGUUUCUGAUGACCUUUGUGAAUGAUUUACCUGAGAGAUAAGAGCCAACACAAGUGAGAAUCAAGCCAACUGUUUGUUUACACUUCAACUUGCAGCGCUUCAUUGUAAAGACACAAACGAAAAGCUUAAAAAAAACCAUACACGGGCAAAAACAACACAGGAUUCAUUCAGUAGCGACUUGAUACCGAGGUCCUUUACCCAGCCACAUACAAAAAAGUUGUAAGCCUCCAUACUCUUCCACACUUUCAUCUGUUUUGCGGUGUAGAAGGACGUCUGCAACACCAGAUAGUUCGAGAUGUCGGGGGAAUUCGACUGAAGGGUAGCUUUCAAGAUCGUAUGACAAAUCCUUCUUUCCCAGACUGUAGGGGUCGAUUCCAUUGCACAUAGCAAUCUUCUGAAUAUAUCUAAAGCCAGCAGUGGCUUCUAGAUUACAAGUAUACUCUGAUAAGUUAUCGCUAGUUGUUUGCACUACGGCAGCCGUUUAGACCACCAGCUAUUUCACUUCCGGUAAAACUGCUAAGAAAAGUCACAUGACUGAAACCCAAGAAUAGGGCGUGAUCAUCCCUUCAAACUGUGUCCACAGGCUUCGGUGUGCUCUGGGAAACCAGUCUGGAAAUGUGACUAUCAGAAACUGGAUAAAAUCUUACAGCAUGUCUAGCUACUUGCCUCUACCUUUUGGUUUUCUGACUGAGAGUAGAGUUGCCAUGCUCGGUCAUUUAACCACAUCUCCCUGAAGCAGAAAGCAAUUGAAAAGUCCUUUGUCUUUCUUACCAGCAUUUUUCUAUUUGCUCGCAACCACUGGUGCUGGAAGCAGAAUUAAUAUUGCCUAGGCUAGAACAUUGGCUGGCGUAUGCAAUAUUCAUGCACCAAAAUUUGAUGAGGCUGGACUGUUGUGAAAUACUCUGGGAUUUUGGAAUUAGCCCGUUUUACUGCCCUCUUUUGCAUAUUUAUGAUUGGCAUUUGAAAGAGGAGAUGAGUGUUUGAGAAUCUCAGUAUGUAUUGAACUCCCCUUUCGGGAAAUCGGCUGGUAUAGUGUUUCGAGUGUCUUGGAGAGCUUGCCACAAGCAUCAUGCAAAUUUUGACGGGAUUGCUUGGUUUUGUCUCUGGAGGUUCCAGACAGCCUCAAAGGCAUUUUUAGCUAAGAAAAGUCAUGUAGUGCAUAUGAAAACCAAAAAAGUAAAAGUUUUGGAAGUGUUUCAAAAUGUUGCUGUUUAAAUACUGGCCUGCCUAUGCACAAAUAUCUAAGACAUGUUUUAAGUGUAGUUUCUAUCCUUUUACAUUACAGAUCAAGUUCAUGCAUAACUUCACAAAUGAAUAACGUGGCUGAAGCUUAACUUUUAAUCAGGACUUAGAUUUCUAAGGUCACCCUCCCUCAACUUUUAAUCACUUGCGUAUAUAUUUUCAGCUUUUUGCUGUCUAUAUCUUGAGCUGAAUUGUUACUCACAUGGUUGGGGUAAAACAGUUUGUAGUUGAACACUAGGGAAAUUCAGUAUUGACAGGAACCCAGUGCAUACUACUUAUUUUUGAUGCAUUUGUAUUGGGGGAAAAGUCAGUAAAGUGUACAUUUUAUUUAACUACCACCAUCAUGGUAGAGCAAGUUAGUAAAAUAUUUGUAAAUUGUAUACGGUUUGAUUUGUCAGUCAUUAAAUGCAUCUUUAAAUACAAAUCAACAAGCAUUCUUCGCUUUAAAGAGAACAUCUAUUUUGAACACACAGUCAAACAGUGGUGCCAGUUAUUUUUGAUCAGUCAUACAGAAGGUGAUUGCUCAUUUUAGCAUGUAAUAUCAAGGUGUGUGUGUGUGUGGGGGGGAAUAUAUAUGUUGCGGUCCUAUUUUUUAUAAUUCAUGCAAUACACUAUUCCAUCAAAAGUUGGGCCGGUUAGUAGUUGCAUGUUUUUUAUUUUGCAUCAUUUUGUAUGAACAAGUUAUGUUACUUGUUAACCUUGCAAUUAAAGUAACUAUGCUGUCUGUUUAGUCAAAUAAAAAUCUGCU